AUACAGUAGAAAACUAGUCUUAUUUUGACCUGCGCUAAGACCCAUUAAAAUGAAGGUGGUAGUGACUGGAGCAGCCGGCUUUCUUGGCUCACGACUGGCAGAUCUCCUUCUAAGCAAUAAUUCUCCACUGCCCGUAAAAGAGCUGAUUCUGGUCGACAAUUUUGCGCCAACGAAGAACGAUCCACGCGUCAGGAAUAUUAAAAUUGACUUGUCAGAACCUGGUGCUGCAGACAAACUGAUCAGUCCCGAUGUAGAUGUGUUCUUCCAUCUAGCAGCUAUCGUCAGUGGCCAUGCUGAGGUCGACUUCGACUUGGGGUUCAGAGUUAACUUCGACGCAACAAGUUCCUUGCUCGAAGCAGCACGAGCGAAAGCCCCAAAAAUGAAAUUCGUGUUCACCAGCACGUGUGGGGUGUUUGGUGGAAAACUACCACCAGUUCUGGACGACUUGACCGCUUUGAUGCCCGAGAACACUUAUGGGAUAACUAAGGCUAUGUGCGAGUUGAUGAUCAAUGACUAUUCUCGAAAAGGCUUCGUCGAUGGACGAGUAGUCCGGCUGCCGACUGUCAGCGUACGCGCAGGUGUUGCCAAUAAAGCAGUGACGUCAUUCGCCAGUGGGAUCGUGCGGGAGCCGUUGAACGGCGUAGAAUCUGUGUGCCCUGUUCCUUCUAGUCUGAAGUUGUGGCUGACGGGUCCUGAGAAAGUGGUGAGGAAUAUAGUUCACGCUGCGAUAGUUCCCGCGUCGGGUUUGGGAUCGUGGCGCGUGGUGAACUUGCCGGGUAUAACCGUGACAGUGGCAGAAAUGCUGGAUGCUUUGAAGACUGUGGCUGGAGAAUCAGUGGCCUCGUUGGUGCGCUUUGAGGAGGACAAGAUGAUCAGCGGCAUGGUUGCCACGUUCCCCGCCAAGUUUGACAACUCUCGCGCAUUGAAGUUAGGAUUCGAAGUCGAUUCAAACUACGCUGAUAUAAUAAGAGCUUACAUUCGCAACGAUUUGAAGAAGAAAAUAUAAAGCAGUUACUACUAAAAAUGGAUUAUAAUUAGAUAAAUGUACCUACUUAUACCUACUUAAAUCAUUAUAAGUUUGGAAACCUAAGUA